GAGUUAUGCUUCCGUGUAUCGUCAUGUACCGAAACACCCAUUUACAAUAAAAACUCUCACAGGACCAACUCUCACCUUUCAUUUCUCUCCUCCUCUCUUUCUCUCACCUCGCCUUCUUCAGUUUUUCCUCUCUUCUUUUUUGCCCUAUUUGAUAGGGUUUCCAUGUCCUCGUAGCUCCAAUCUAUUUCAUGCAUAUCUGCCUGUUUGCUCUAUUCGUCGUCGUUUUUGUUGCUGUGCCUGUAAUCCUUUCUGGGUCCAUCUUUUUCGGUGGAAAGCCUUGCGGUUUUUACCUCCCGGGGUUUUUUGAGCUGCACCCAUGUCUAAGCUCUUCGGAUUCGCUGGUAGUGAUGAUUUUUUCCCAGGGGGGUCAAUAUAUGAAAACCCCAAAGAAGCAGGCCUCUUUUUGUCUCUUGGUCGGCAUGUGGAUGUCUACUUUCCUCCUAGCAAGAGGUCUCGCAUCAGUGCUCCAUUUGUUUUCAAUCAACAGAGUUUUGAACAGAAGAAGCAGGUGUCUAUCAAUGUUCUUCCAGAAGAAUGUCUCUUUGAGAUCUUUAAACGGUUGCCUGGAGGUGAGGAAAGGAGUGCCUGUGCUUGUGUUUCCAAGCAGUGGCUUACUCUUUUGAGCAAUAUCCAUAGAGAUGAGUUCUGUAACAAGAACACAAACCUAUCUGUGAAGUCUCAGGAUGAGAUCACUGGAGAUGAGGCUGAAGACCAGGAGACUGAGAGUUGUGGAUAUCUUUCCAGGAGCUUGGAAGGCAAGAAGGCAACAGAUGUUAGACUGUCUGCCAUUGCUGUUGGAACUGCCAGUCGAGGAGGAUUGGGCAAGCUUAUGAUUCGUGGAAGCAAUUCUGCCCGUCCCGUGACAAACAUUGGCCUUAAGGCGAUUUCCCAUGGCUGUCCUUCACUAAGGGUUCUAUCUCUGUGGAACGUGUCAUCAGUUGGGGAUGAAGGCUUGUGCGAGAUUGCAAAAAGGUGUCAUCUGUUAGAGAAGCUUGACCUCUCCCUGUGUCCUGCAAUAUCUGAUAAGGGUUUGGCUGCAAUUGCAAGGAGCUGUCCCAAUUUGACCGAUUUAACACUUGAGUCCUGUUUUAACAUUGGGAAUGAAGGUCUGCAAGCUAUUGGAAAGUGCUGCCCCAAUCUGAAAUCUGUUUCAAUCAAAAAUUGCCCUCUUGUUGGGGAUCAGGGAAUUGCUAGUUUGGUAUCUUCUUCCUCUGAUGUCCUGGAAAAGGUGAAGCUUCAGACAUUGACCAUAACUGAUGUGUCUCUUGCUGUUAUUGGACACUAUGGCAAGGCUGUUACCGAUCUUGUCCUUACCAAUCUCCCCAAUGUGUGCGAGAGGGGAUUCUGGGUCAUGGGCAAUGGUCAUGGGCUGCAGAAGUUGAAGUCCUUUACUGUUACAUCCUGUCAAGGUGCAACAGACACUGGACUUGAAGCAGUAGCAAAAGGUUGCCCAAAUUUGAAACAGUUCUGCCUGCGCAAGUGUCUAUACAUAUCUGACAGUGGGUUGGUAUCUUUUUGCAAAGCAGCAGGAUCUCUCGAGAGCCUUCAUUUGGAGGAGUGCCACAGGAUCACCCAAUAUGGAUUUUUUGGUGUUCUUUCAAACAGUGGUGCAAAGUUGAAGGCUCUAGCUUUUGUUUACUGCCUGGGACUUAAAGACCUGAACUUGGGAUUGCCUGUGGUGUCUCCAUGUGAAUCUCUUCGCUCACUGUCCAUCCGUAACUGCCCUGGGUUUGGAAAUUCUGGGCUGGCGGUUUUGGGUCAACUCUGCCCUCAACUGCAGCAUGUUGACUUCAGUGGGCUUGAAGGAAUGACCGAUGCUGGAUUUCUGUCACUGCUUAGGAGCACUGAGGCUGGUCUGGUAAAGGUUAAUCUUAGUGGUUGUGUGAAUCUGACAGACAAGGCAGUGUCCACCAUGGCUGAGCUUCAUGGUUGGACUUUGGAAGUGGUGAAUCUUGAAGGUUGUAGAAUGAUCAGCGAUUCAGGCUUGGUAGCAAUUGGAGAGAACUGCCCAUUGCUUAGUGAUCUUGAUAUCUCAAGGUGUGCAAUCACUGAUUUUGGAAUUGCAUCCCUGGCCCUUGCAGACCAGCUAAAUCUUCAGAUCCUCUCUGUGUCCGGCUGCUCUUAUGUAUCAGACAAGAGUUUGCCUGCCUUGGUAGAAAUGGGUGAGACACUUCUAGGUUUGAAUCUUCAGCACUGCAAUGCCAUCAGCAGCAGCACCGUUGACCGUCUCGUGGAGCAGCUAUGGCGAUGUGAUAUCCUUUCCUAGACUCAUGAGUCGCCGCCACACCAGAGGAAUAGUUCUCGCACUAGUCAAAAGUCCAGAAUUUAGUCAGCUUUUUUCAAGUAUCUGCGGCUUGCGUAGUUUUUGGGUCCCAUCAGCUAUGGGUCUUUAGAGUGUCCCGGUUGCCUUUUUCCAGGGGUAAUGGCCAUGUGCUCCUUUUUUGCAGGUUUCCUAUCAUCGGAGGUCUGUUCCCAGAGUUAUGGCUAUUGGCAAAGGGGUUGUUACUUCUCUUGUCAUUUAUAUCCCUGAGAAUACUGCUACCGGGCCCUUGAUCUAGGCUAUCUUUACCGUUUCCAGUAGUCCUGGUUUUAUAGUGCUAGGUGUAGGAGGAGCCCAUCUUUUUGCUUGGUUGUCCAAUGCUUAGACCAAGCACUUUUAGGCUUCCUAUAUCUAGUUCUAAGUCUGUCAUUUUUCAUUUUACCGAGUCGGUCACGUUUUUUCUUUAACUUGCAUUCCACACGUGAUGGUUGGGUCGUUGUUUACCUCAGAGGGUGGAUUAGAGUUCAGUAGUCAUCCAGAGUCUUGUAUUUGGUUGCUUUUUGCAGUCUAAAUUUUUUGAAGCCUUGUGUUUGGGGGCUUUGGCCUUGGCAGCAGUAAGUCUGCCUCGACAAUCCUUUUUCCUUUUUGGAAGGAUUGUUUUUUUACCAAGCCCCUGUUUUUCAGGCUUCAUUGUUCUUGGACUGUACUCUGCAACAACUUCUUAAGUAUGUAAUGAACUCUCUAUCUGCCCUCUGUGUUGUAUGCUUUAUAUCAUAAUAAAUAAAAUUCUCAGUUGUGUUUUUAUAAAA